GCCUAUCAUUUGCACCACCGCACAGCUCUACCCUGCAUCUGACCUUACACCACAACCGCAUACACAACAUUCUUCGCCACUAUGUCCGGCCUCGAAAAUGCGCUCUUCAACCUCAAGUUCACAGCCAAGUCGCUGAAUCGCCAGUCUCUCAAGGCAGGAAAGGAGGAGGCGCAAGAGAAAGCAAAGCUGGAGAAGGCUAUGAAGCAGGGUCACAACGAUGUCGCACGCAUCUACGCGCAGAACGCCGUCCGCAAGCAGAAUGAGAAGCUCAAUCUCCUCCAAUUAGCCUCACGAGUCGAUGCCGUCGCCGGUCGUGUCCAGACCGCUGUUACUAUGCGCCAGAUCACAGGCAACAUGAUGAAGGUCAACCGCAGUUUGGACGUGGCUAUGAAGUCGAUGAGUCCUGAGAGGAUCGCUGCCGUCAUGGUAGAUUUUGAGAAGCAGUUCGAGAACGUCGACUCCGCGACCGAGCUUUACCAGGACAUCACCUCCUCCGCAACAGCAGUCGGCACCCCGCAGGAAGACGUCGAUCGCAUGAUGGCACAAGCUGCAGACAAGGCAGGCGUUGAGCUGCAGUCCGAUCUACAGGAGGCGCCGAAGACCAAGGUUGGUCCAACAGAACAAGAGGAGGAUGCCUUCACCGAGCGUCUGCGCGCGCUGAGGAACUAGAGGACAGAAAGAAGGUUUCUAUACACCGGCGCAUUUGGAGUUUGGGAUUAGGAGCGGGAUACUGCAUUUUCGAAUUAUAUUGGCCUUGAUCUCUCAGGCUUCACGACGUUAUUAGUCCUAUAUUACGAUAUCGAUACCUCUGGGAACCUUUCAAGAAAUGUAUGUGGACAUGUGGGUGUUACAUUGCCAACUACUGCAGAUGCUUACCACACCGUUAUUCCGAGUCAUGUUAGUUGGUGGGCAAAGUACUCCGUUUCAUCCCAGUCCACCGACACAGUCCCCCGACCAUAUUCCACACAAAAUAGAAUUGAUAAACGGGAGGAGGCCGUCAACGGUUUUCAUGUGCAAAACCAAGACAGAAUGUAC